GGAGCGAGGCGUCACCGUUGUAUAUUCAUGAGGCGCGCGCAGCCCAGCAUGUUAAUGAGGCGGGGCGCGGCGGCCGGCUAAGAAGGCUGCUGGGCGGCGGCGGUGGUUGCUGGCUCGGGGCAGCCCGGCGCGAGUGACGUAGACCAGGGGUCUCUGGCCGGAGCUACCAAGACAUGGAGCCGUCCGGCGGGGGCCUGGGGCCCGGCCGCGGGGCCCGGGACAAGAAGAAGGGUCGGAGCCCCGAUGAGCUGCCCGCGACGGGCGGCGACGGCGGCAAACCCAAGAAAUUUACUUUGAAGCGGCUCAUGGCAGAUGAGCUGGAGAGAUUUACCAGUAUGAGAAUUAAGAAGGAGAAGGAAAAGCCCAAUUCUUCUCACAGAAACUCCUCUGCAUUGUGUGGAGAUGACCCCACUGUGCUGCCAUUGCACGACAUCACAGAUGAGCAAGUCCUUGUCUUCUUUGAGCAGAUGCUGGUGGAUAUGAACCUGAAUGAGGAGAAACAGCAGCCUUUGAGAGAGAAAGACAUUGUUAUCAAGAGGGAGAUGGUGUCCCAGUAUUUGCAUACUUCCAGUGCUGGCAUGAACCAGAAAGAGAGCUCUAGGUCUGCCAUGAUGUACAUUCAGGAGCUGAGGUCAGGCUUGCGGGAUUUGCAUCUGCUUAGUUGCCUUGAGUCUCUUCGAGUCUCUCUCAACAAUAACCCUGUCAGUUGGGUGCAGACAUUUGGUGCUGAGGGCCUAGCCUCCUUAUUGGACAUCCUCAAACGACUCCAUGAUGAGAAAGAGGAGACUUCUGGAAGCUACGACAGCCGGAACCAGCAUGAGAUUAUCCGCUGCUUGAAAGCUUUCAUGAACAACAAGUUUGGAAUCAAAACCAUGUUGGAGGCAGAAGAAGGAAUCCUACUGCUGGUCAGAGCCAUGGAUCCUGCUGUCCCCAAUAUGAUGAUUGAUGCAGCUAAGUUGCUGUCUGCUCUUUGUAUCCUACCACAGCCAGAGGACAUGAAUGAACGAGUUCUGGAAGCAAUGACAGAGAGAGCUGAAAUGGAUGAGGUUGAACGCUUCCAGCCACUGUUGGAUGGGUUAAAAAGUGGGACUUCAAUUGCACUCAAAGUGGGAUGCCUACAGCUGAUCAAUGCUCUCAUCACUCCUGCCGAAGAACUUGACUUCCGAGUUCACAUUCGAAGUGAACUGAUGCGCUUGGGGCUGCAUCAGGUGUUGCAGGAGCUUCGGGAGAUUGAAAAUGAGGAUAUGAGAGUACAGCUAUCCGUGUUUGAUGAACAAGCAGAUGAAGAUUUCUUUGAUCUGAAGGGACGGUUGGAUGAUAUCCGCAUGGAGAUGGAUGACUUUGGUGAAGUCUUCCAGAUUCUUUUAAACACAGUGAAAGAUUCAAAGGCAGAGCCACACUUCCUGUCCAUCCUGCAGCAUCUCUUAUUGGUCCGAAAUGAUUAUGAUGCUAGGCCACAGUACUAUAAAUUGAUUGAAGAAUGUAUUUCUCAGAUAGUUCUACAUAAGAAUGGGACUGAUCCUGACUUCAAGUGCCGGCACCUCCAGAUUGAUAUCGAGGGAUUGAUUGAUCAAAUGAUUGAUAAAACAAAGGUGGAGAAAUCCGAGGCCAAAGCUACAGAGCUGGAAAAAAAGUUGGACUCAGAGUUAACAGCCCGGCAUGAGUUACAAGUAGAAAUGAAGAAGAUGGAAAAUGACUUUGAGCAGAAACUUCAGGAUCUUCAAGGAGAAAAGGAUGCAUUGGAUUCUGAGAAGCAGCAGAUUGCUACAGAAAAACAAGAUCUGGAAGCAGAGGUGUCCAAACUGACGGGAGAGGUUGCCAAGCUGUCAAAAGAACUAGAAGAUGCCAAGAAGGAAAUGGCUUCUCUCUCUACUGUGGCUGUCGCUCCUUCUGUUUGUUGCAGUGCUGCUGUCCCUCCUGCCCCUCCUCUGCCUGCAGGCCCUGGCACUGUUAUUCCACCCCCCCCACCCCCACCCCCACCCCCUCUUCCUGGUGCCCCUCCUUUGCCUGGGGUCACUGCCAUCCCCCCACCCCCUCCUUUGCCUGGCAGUGCUGCUGUGCCCCCUCCCCCUCCUUUACCUGGGGUCACUGCCAUUCCCCCACCCCCUCCCUUGCCUGGCAGUGCUGCUGUACCCCCUCCCCCUCCUUUACCUGGGGCUACUUUCAUCCCCCCACCCCCUCCCUUGCCUGGCAGUGCUAGUAUACCGGCUCCCCCUCCUUUGCCUGGAAGUGUUGGGCCCCCCCCACCUCCUCCCUUGCCUGGAGGACCAGGACUGCCUCCCCUCCCUCCCCCUUUACCUGGAGGCCCUGGCAUUCCUCCACCUCCCCCUGGAAUGGGCAUGCCUCCACCUCCCCCCUUUGGAUUUGGGGUCCCUGCAGCCCCAGUUCUGCCAUUUGGAUUAACACCUAAAAAAGUUUAUAAGCCAGAGGUGCAGCUCCGGAGGCCAAAUUGGUCCAAGUUUGUGGCUGAGGACCUUUCCCAGGACUGCUUCUGGACAAAGGUGAAGGAGGACCGCUUUGAGAACAACGAGCUUUUUGCCAAACUUACCCUUGCAUUCUCUGCCCAGAGCAAACCCAAGAAGGAUCAAGAAGGUGGGGAAGAAAAGAAAUCUGUACAGAAGAAAAAAGUAAAAGAGCUGAAAGUGUUGGACUCAAAGACAGCCCAGAAUCUCUGUGAGUAA